AUGCCAGCUUAUCAUUCCACUUUCCCUGUCGAUCCCCAAAAUGACCGUAUGAUCGGUAAUUUUGUACUAUUACCAUUGAACUCCAAAUUUAGAGGUCCAGCAUAUCCUGCCAAUUCAGAUUAUGAUAUAAUUGAUGAAUGUCUAGAUUUAUUCCGUGCCAAUUCAUUCUUCAAAAAUUUUGAAAUUAAAUCACCUGCAGAUAGAGUACUCAUCUAUGGUAUCUUAUACAUCAAUGACUGUCUAGCUCAUUUGAAAGCACAAACUUCUCACAAUGAAGCUGUUAAAGUCUUAACCAAUUUAUCACUUGAUAACUUUCAAUUACCAGGUACACCUGGUUUCCCAUUAAAUAACGUGUAUUCGAUACCUGUACAGGAUCGUAAUCAAAUGGAUCUGUUAAAACAAUACAUCCAACAAUUUAGACAAGAAUUAGCAAUGAGAUUAUUAGAUAGAAUUUACGCCGACUCGAAGGAACAACCAUCUAAAUUUUGGUUGGCGUUCACUAGAAGGAGGUUCAUGAACAAGAGUCUAUAA